AUGUCCAACGGAAAGACUUUCACAUUGAGCAACGGGGUUAAGAUCCCUGCUGUCGGCUUCGGCACCUUUGCCAGCGAGGGCGCCAAGGGCGAGACCUACGCCGCCGUCACAGUCGCCCUGAAGACCGGCUACCGUCACCUCGACUGCGCUUGGUACUACCUCAAUGAGGAUGAGGUCGGUGAUGCUAUCCAUGACUUCCUCAAGGAGAACCCCUCCGUCAAGCGCUCCGACAUCUUCGUGACCACCAAGGUCUGGAACCACCUGCACCGCUACGACGACGUCAUCUGGUCCCUCGAGGACUCCCUCAAGCGCCUCAAGCUCGACUACGUCGACCUCUUCCUGGUGCACUGGCCCAUUGCCGCCGAGAAGGACGGCCAGGAGAAGCCCAAGAUUGGCCCGGAUGGAAAGUACGUGAUCCUGAAGGACCUCACCGAGAACCCCGAGGAGACAUGGCGCGCCAUGGAGAAGCUGUACGAGGACGGCAAGGCCAGGGCCAUCGGGGUGUCUAACUGGACCAUUCCCCAGCUGGAGAAGAUGGCCAAGUUCGCCAAGGUCCAGCCACAGGUCAACCAGAUCGAGAUUCAUCCCUUCCUGCCCAACGAGGAGUUGGUGCAGUACUGCUUCUCCAAGAACAUCAUGCCCGAGGCCUACUCGCCGCUGGGCUCGCAGAACCAGGUGCCCACCACCGGUGAGCGCGUGGCCGAGAAUAAAACUCUGCUCGAGAUUGCCGAGAAGGGCGGCAACACCCUGGCCCAGGUGCUGAUCGCUUGGGGCCUGCGCCGUGGCUACGUCGUCCUGCCCAAGAGCUCCAACCCCAAGCGCAUUGAGUCCAACUUCAAGAGCAUCGAGCUGAGCGAUGCCGACUUCGAGGCCGUCAACAAGGUCGCCGAGGGCCGCCACUUCCGCUUCGUCAACAUGAAGGACACCUUCGGCUACGAUGUGUGGCCCGAGGAGACCGCCAAGAACCUGUCUGCGUAA